AUGAUUGCAGGUGCAUUGAGACGCUCAAUUGAGAACGUGGGCGCUCUCACCCACAUUCUCGCCGUGCGCUGCAAAGAGACCCAGGAGAGCAACACAUGCGAGAAGCCGGCUUCUCAGUCGGGAAUUCUAAUUGCGGUUGUCAUCACAACAGGACUUCUUCUACUCGGAUCGUUACUAUUAGUUCUCUUCUGGUUGUGGCUGAGGCGCAGGAAGAUUGAUAAGCUUGAAGAGGCGUCUGAUCCUUUCGAGUUGGCGGCGUACGGCAUCGAGCAACCGAUUGCACAGAGACAGAGGCGGCGCGACUAUUUACGGAACCUAAUGGGCAAGAAAUGA